UUUUUUUUAAAAGGGAAAAAUUAUACCUAUGUAUAUGUAAAAAAGAAUACAGUUAAUUAAAUCGACUCAUUAGAUAGGUAGAGUGUAAAGAACAGCGAGGUGUUACUGUUAUCAUUCAUGGCUGAUUGGACCUACGAUGUGUUCUUGAGUUUCAGAGGCAAAGAUAUUCGGCAACGCUUCAUUGGCCAUCUCUAUAAAGCUCUUUGCAGGAGGGGAUUCCACACCUUCAUUGAUGACGUGGAGAUCGAGCGAGGAGAGGAUAUCACACGCUCACUUCUCACUGCAGUUGAAAACUCCAUGAUUGCAAUUCCGGUGUUCUCGGAAAACUAUGCAACUUCAAGUUUCUGCUUGGACGAACUGGUUAACAUCAUGGAGUGUGCCAAGACGAAGGGGCAGAUUGUUUUGCCGGUGUUCUAUGACGUGGAUCCUUCCGAUGUGCGAAAUCUGAGGGGGAGUUUUGGUGAAGCAAUGGAAAAACAUGAGGAGAGGAUGAAGCUCAAGGAAGAUAAAGAGAGGUUGGAGAAAUGGAAGAUGGCUUUUAUGCAAGCUGCUAAUCUUUCUGGAUUUCAUUUUAAACUUGGGGCCGAAUCUGAAUGCGAGUUUACUGAGAAGAUUGUGAAAACAGUCUCCAAAUGGAUUCAUCACACUUGUUUAUAUGUUUCAGAUCAAGUAGUUGGACUAGAAUCUCAGAUUCCAGAACUGAACUUACUUUUGGAUGUUGAAUCCAGUGACAGAGUUCACAUGGUAGGGAUUCAUGGCAUUGGCGGAAUAGGUAAAACAACUCUUGCUCGUGCCGUCUACAAUUCCAUUGCUGACUCAUUUGAAGGUGUAUGUUUUCUUGGUAAUGUGAGAGAAAAUUCAAUAACACAUGGCUUAGUGUAUCUCCAACAAAUGCUGCUUUCAAAGUUAGUUGGUGAUGAAAGAGAUAUUAAGUUAGGUGAUGUCAGUGAAGGAAAGAAGGUGAUAGAGCGUAGGCUGAAUCGAAAGAAGGUUCUGUUGAUUGUUGAUGAUGUUGAUAGAUUAGAGCAGUUAAAAGCAGUUGCAGGGGACUCUGUUUGGUUUGGUUCUGGUAGUAGAAUCAUUGUAACAACUCGAAACAAAGGCUUGUUAACGAGUCAUGGAAUUGUAAGAACAUAUGAAGUGGAGAAGUUAAAUGAUAAAGAAGCACUUGAUUUACUUAGAUGGAAUGUUUUCAAAACAAGAUUGGUUGAUCCAAGUUACUCAUACAUUUUGAACAGAACGGUUGCUUUUGCUUCUGGCUUGCCACUUGCAUUGGAAGUAAUAGGGGCUAAUUUGUUUGGUAAGAGUAAAGAUGAGUGGGAAUCUGCUUUGGAUCAGUAUAAAAGAAGUCCUAAGAGAGAGAUUCAAGAGAUUCUUAAAGUGAGUUUUGAUGGAUUGGAGGAGGAAGAGAAGAAGAUCUUUCUUGACAUUGCUUGUUUCUUUAAUGGAUAUAGAUCCAAGUAUGUUGAGGAGAUACUGCGUGCUCAUCACGGCUUUUGCCCCAAGAACAGCAUGCGAGUUUUGAUUGAUAAGUCUUUGGUGAAGAUUGAAGAUGAUAGAGUGAUGUUACAUGAUUUGAUUCAAGAUAUGGGUAGAGAAAUUGUUCGACAAGAAUCGGAAGACCCUCGAGGGCGUAGCAGAAUUUGGAACUUUGAGGAUGCAAAACGUGUUUUGGAACAAGACAAGGGUAGCCAUAAAAUUGAAAUUAUCAAGCUAGCAUUCCCCAAAGCUGAUGAAAAACUUAAUUGGGAUGGUGUAGCAUUCAUAAAGAUGAAUAAUCUCAGAACAAUUGAUAUUAAUAAAGGUGACUUUUCAGACAGUCCCAAACAUCUUCCAAAUAGUUUGAAAGUGCUUAAAUGGCGAGGAUAUCCUUCACAAAUUUUCCCAUUUGAUUUUUAUCCAAAGGAAAUAGCCAUAUUGUGGUUACCAGAUAGUUCCAUAUCAUCACUUAUAUUACUUUUUCUUUGGCAGAAGUUCAUGAAUUUGAGAGUUUUGAAUUUCAGCAAUUGCCAGCACCUAGAACAAAUACCUGAUUUAUCUGUUGCCCCACAUUUGGAAGAAUUAUCUUUCUGUUGGUGUAAGAACUUAACUGAAGUUCAUAAAUCAGUUGGUUUGCUAAAUAAACUUAGAAUGUUGGAUGCAAAGGGUUGUUGCAAGCUUAGAAGUUUUCCAGACCUUAUGUUACCUUCUCUCGAGAAACUCCGCCUUUCGUCUUGUUCAAGUCUUGAGAGUUUUCCAGAAAUAUUAGGGAAGAUGGAAAGUUUAACAAAACUUGAGUUAGAAUACACUCCAAUAAAAGAAUUCCCACCUUCAAUUCGUUAUAUUGCUAGGCUUGAAAGAUUAGAAUUGUGGCACUCUAAGAUUGUUCUGUUGCCAAGUAGCAUUUUUCUGAUGAAGGAGCUUAAGUGCUUGAGAAUUCGAAACUGUGAUGGUUUGCUGUUACAUUCACAAGAGAAAGUUGAGGAGAAAAUAAGCUCAGUUGUGUUUUCCAAUCAGCAACACUUUGAUUUCAGAAACUGCAAUGUAUCAAAUGAGUUUCUUCAAAGGAGUGUUCCUUGGUUAGUCAAUGUGAAAGAGUUGAAUCUAUCAUCCAACAGUUUCACAAUUCUUCCUGCAUGCAUUGAAGGAUGUACCUUCUUGAAGGUACUUAUUUUGGAUUAUUGUGGGAAUCUUCGAGAAGUCGGAGGGAUUCCACCAAACAUUGAAAAAUUCUCUGCAAGAAGAUGCAUAUCCUUAAAAAGUUUGGACCUCACUCUCCUAUCAUUCACCAAAGAUUGUUACUUUCUGAAGGAACUCAUUUUGGAUGGUUGUGAGAAUCUUGAGGAAAUAAGGGGCAUUCCACCUAGCAUAGAAGUUUUGCAUGCACCAAGCUCUACAUUGUUGACUUCCUCUUCUAGGAGCAUGUUAAGAGUUGUUAAUGGUGGUGGUGGUGGUGGUUUGUGA